UCUCUCUCAGAUAUUAUUGUACGUACAGACAAAGGCAGUUGAGUCUUCCUUCAUUGGACGUCACAUUUCUUCUUUCGUCAAUGGAGCUCACGGCUUCACUCUUCCUCUUCCUCUUCCUCCUCCCUCUCCUUUUCCUCGUCCUAGUGUUCCUGAAUGUUUCUCCAUCCCCGUCCUCGGACAAAUUACCGAAGAUUUACCCCUUGAAAGGCUCUUCCUUCGCAUUGCUCGCAAACCUGAAGAGACGGAUCCAGUGGACCUCAGACCUCAUCCAGCUCUCUCCCACCGCUACGUAUGUAUUACAUCGUCCGCUCGGCCUCCGCCAUGUUUUUACCGGAAAUCCUGCCACCGUGCAGCAUAUUCUCAAGACCAAUUUCUCGUCCUACCAGAAGGGUGAUGUGUUCCGAUCCACCUUUAGGGACAUCCUUGGAGACGGGAUCUUCAAUGUUGAUGGUGACUCCUGGAAAUUCCAGAGACAGCAGGUGUCAAGCCAUGAAUUCAACACGAAAUCUCUUCGGAAAUUCGUGGAAACAGUCGUCGACAUGGUGCUGAAUGACCGCCUCAUCCCUCUCCUGUCCGAGGCUGCAAGAAAGGGGACGAUCCUUGACAUGCAAGACAUUCUCCAGAGAUUCACUUUCGACAACAUAUGCAAGAUAGCCUUCGGCUAUGACCCCGCGUGUUUGUCGCCCUCCCUCCCGGAGGAAAAGUUCGCUGAAGCUUUUGAAGAGGCUGCAAACUUGAGCAGCCAGAGGUUCUAUUUUCCAUUUCCUAUAAUAUGGAGAAUCAAGCGUAAGUUCGAUAUUGGGUCAGAGAAACGCCUAAGGAUCAUAGUAUCUGAAAUCCGUGAGUUUGCUCGAAAAAUAGUUAAAGAUAAGAAGCGGGAGCAGCUAAAUGGGAACUCGUCCCUCGAGUCCGUAGAUCUUUUGUCCCGAUUCCUGAGCUCAGGCCACUCUGACGAAGAAUUUGUCAUCGACAUCGUCAUUAGCUUCAUACUUGCUGGCCGGGACACUACAUCAGCGGCAUUGACGUGGUACUUUUGGUUAUUAUCCAGGACACCGCGUGUUGAAAAUGAAGUUAUCAGAGAGAUUAAGGCAAAAUCGGAAGCGCCAGUCUAUGAGGAUGUGAAGGACAUGGUUUACACCCACGCCUCACUAUGUGAGAGCAUGCGGUUUUACCCACCAGUACCGGUCGAUACCAAGGAAGCCAUAUGUGAUGACAUUUUACCAGAUGGCACAGCCAUAAAAAAAAGGCACAAGAGUCGCAUAUCACCCAUACGCGAUGGGCAGGUCGGAGAAGAUAUGGGGACCCGACUGGGCGGAGUUUAGGCCCGAGAGGUGGCUCGAGAAGGUGGAUGAGGCUGCGGGGAAAUGGAGUUUUGUAGGAAGGGAUUCCUUCAGCUACCCAGUGUUUCAGGCCGGCCCAAGGAUCUGCCUCGGCAAGGAGAUGGCGUUCCUGCAAAUGAAACGGGUGGUCUCCGGGGUCCUCCAGCGAUUCAGGGUGGUCUCUAUGCUGGAGAAGGGGGUCGAGCCUCGUUUCAUUGCGUACUUGAGCUCCAAAAUGGAAGGUGGAUUUCCAGUUAGGAUUGAGGAUAGGGAUGGAUGAUAUUUUGGCCUUACUCUCUAUCAACAAUAAUUGGCCUUUCCUUUCUGUUUCUUCUGAAAUAAAGUCAGAAAUUUCCUAGCAAUUUCUGAGGAACGGUUAGCUUCUCUUUUUGUAUAAUUUGUUGCACGUCACCGUCGUGAUAAAUUCUGCGGAGUUCCGUUUUGAUAAAUUUCCAUACCGAUGCCACUUUUGACGGA